UGCUGCAGCUGCCGCCGCCGCCGAAGGAACCUCGAUCCCCCGCGUUCCGGACACCUCGGGCCUCGCCAUGGCUGACCAGCUGACGGAGGAGCAGAUCGCAGAGUUCAAGGAGGCCUUCUCCCUUUUCGACAAGGAUGGAGAUGGCACCAUUACCACCAAGGAGCUGGGGACAGUGAUGCGGUCCCUGGGACAGAACCCUACGGAAGCCGAGCUGCAGGACAUGAUCAAUGAAGUGGAUGCAGACGGCAAUGGGACCAUUGACUUCCCCGAGUUCCUGACCAUGAUGGCCAGGAAGAUGAAGGACACAGACAGCGAGGAGGAGAUCCGGGAGGCGUUCCGCGUCUUUGACAAGGACGGAAAUGGCUACAUCAGUGCUGCAGAACUGCGCCACGUGAUGACGAACCUGGGGGAGAAGCUGACCGACGAGGAGGUGGACGAGAUGAUCAGGGAGGCGGACAUCGAUGGAGAUGGCCAGGUCAAUUAUGAAGAGUUUGUACAGAUGAUGACUGCGAAGUGAGGCCGGGGCACUGGCCACGCCCAUUCUCCUGGUCUCGCGCGCUCUUCAACACUCCCCGCGUACCCCGGUUCUAGCAAACACCAAUUGACUGACUUGAGAAUCUGAUAAAGCAACAAAAGAUUUGUCCCACGCUGCAUGACUGCUCUUCCUCCUUCCCCUCCCUCCGUGCCCCUCUUGGCUUCCUUUGGCCUUCCCUUUCCGUUCCCAUCUUCCAGGCCUGAUGCAUUCACAAGACCACCCCCGCCCUCCUGUCCCCCAUCUCCCCCCACCCCAGGGAGCCUCUGCCCUUCUUCCAGCCCGGGUGGCUCUCCUCUGUUUCAGUUUGUUUGCUUUUGUUUGUCCUUUGGGUUGCUGGGGUGGCUGCCAGCCCAGUCCCGGACCUGAGGAGCGGGACGGAGGCCCCGGCCCAGGCCGAGGAGCAUGCCUUGCUAUUGCAUGAGCCACUCCAUGCUUCCACGCACGAGCCCAGCAGCCUGGGGGGGGGGGGGGAGCCAGGCACAGGAGGGCAUCUGAGGACCCAGGAGCAUCAAGAAUUGUGGCAGUGACAGGCUAUGGCCCAGGACAGGAGUUGGGGGGCGGGGGCGGUCAAGGGACAAGAAGACUCUGGGAGCUGGCAUUCCUUUACCACCUGAGGGGAUCGCCAGGGCGGGCAGCAUCAGGUCCUGCUGGCUGGUUCUGGGGUGAGGCCGCUCUGCAGAUGGCCCUUGCCCCUGUUCCUCCAGUGGUCACGCUGGCCUGCACAUACCUGGUGCUAACAUCCCACGUGGCUUUGCUCCCACCGCCACGGCCCACCACAGCCCGCCUGGGAGCAGUCGCUGUGUGACGUGCCGGUUAGCCUCUUCUUUUUCCUUUAUGCUCCUGGAAAGCUCGAUUUUUGUCCCAACUUCGCCAGGCCAGCUGAAGGGUGGGGAGAGAAGGGGACACAGCCCACACCACGCUCUCAGAACAAACCUGCAAUAACACAGUCGCCGCCACGCAGAGCACGGAGCGGGCAGCCCCUGCCUCCUGCCCACCAGUGCGGCCACCCGCCCAGCUCUGCCCCUCCCGUACUGCCUCUGCCACCGCUGACCCCCCCUGCCCUGCCUGCCCCCUGCCCAGCGGAGAGCAUGGUCCGCACCCCCCGCCUCUGGGACACGUCAGUCACCGUGGGCACUUGGGUCUGGGUUUGUUUCCUUUUUCUGUUCUCAUCCGCACCCCCCCCCCACCCCAGGUCGAUCAAGUGGCUCUUCCUGCCCAGCUUGGAGACUUCUCUACCCUCUGGCAGCAGCCUGGAGGGAGAAGGGAGGGACAGGGGAUGGUGGGGACCCAGCCAGGAGCUGAGGGCAAAGGGCAGGUAGGCGUUGAGGCUGUGGACGUACCAGAAUGUUUUGGGUUUUUUUGUUUUAUGUUGUUGUUGUGUUUUCCUUUUUCUUUUUUUAAACCGGGCAAUAUUGUGUUCAGUUCAAGCUGUGAAGAAAAAAAUAUAUCAAUGUUUUCCAAUAAAAUACAGUGACUACCUGA